AUGACCAAGUCAUUACCCCAAUUCCAGAAUCCAGCUUACACCGUAGGCUUAAUCGCCGCACACCCUCACGAAAGAGCCGCCGCAGAAGCACUGCUCGACCAGAAACAUGCACCACCCCAGUACACACACCCACACGACCACAACAACUACACACUGGGCUCUAUAAAUGGCUCUCCCGGCAAUCACAAAGUAGUUGUUGUUAGCCCACCGGCAGGCCAGUACGGACCCACGAGCGCUACAGCAACUGUUGCCAAACUGCUUUCCAGUUUCCCCGGAAUCAAGUACGGGGUGACGAUUGGUACCGGGGGUGGGAUACCUGACGUGGAUAGUGGUCGCGAUAUCCGUUUGGGAGAUGUGGUGGUUGGCCACUCUGAAGGAACGCAUGGCGGUGUAAAGGAAUAUGACAUUGGAAAGGCCAGACGGAUGGGGGGAGAGCAAAAGGGGGGGUGGCAGUACCCACCAACGGAAUUGCUAUGUGCUGUCGGUGCCAUCCGCAGCAAGCAUGAAGUGAAUGGAAGUGAUGUACCGAAGAUUCUGGCGGCUAUGGGGAGAGACAACCCGAGGAUGACCAGCCCACAACCAGGCCAGGGACAGGACUUCGUGUAUCAGGGCGCGGGAAACGACCUUCUAUUUGACGGGCGAUAUGAGCAUCGUCAGGGAAGCGACGAUUGUCGUGGGUGUGAUCCUGGAAAGCUGGUGUACCGAGUGCAACGAGAGCAUCAUGAUCCGCACAUCUUCUAUGGUACCAUUGCAUCGGCUAAGACGGUUGUGAGCAAUGCACGACAACGUGAUACGUUUAAAGACUGUCUUUGCUUUGAAAGUGAUGCUGCUGAGUGGAUGAAUGCUUUCCCUUGUCUUGUUGUCCGUGGCAUCAGUGACUAUUGCGAUGGUCACAAGAAUGAUAGGUGGCAGAGGUAUGCUGCAGCAACAGCAGCUGCCUAUGCUAAGGAGGUCCUGGGAGCCAUGCAUGCAGGUGCUGAUUGGAUUUACGGUCCACCACAACGACAGAUGAAGAAGACUUUGUGCAGCAUCGUGUAG